AUGGCUACCCAGGAUGCGUUCGCCAAGGCGCGGCCAUUGCUCAUCAAGUCGGAGGCGUCCUGGAAUUCGAGCGACGAAAUGUAUGAGCUUCUGCAAGCGGCGCGAGACAAUGAUGAGAAUCUCGAUACUGCGUCCAAGCUGCUGCUCGACAAGACUCUGCUGGAGUACAAACUUGCCGGCUGCGGUGCCAUCACCAAAGACGAAAAGGACGCGUUUGCGAAAGAAUCUCUUGAGCUCGAGAAUCUUCUCGCCAAGGCGAAGCGCAACAUAGCGCAGGAGAGUGGAGGUAUAUGGCUCGCAGACCAAGACCUGCAAGAUCUGCCAGCUGAGGAGCUGAAUCGAAUCAAGAAACAGAAGAAUCCCGACGAUACUCCACCAAAUGAGGGAAUGACGUUUGUUUCGUUCUCCAACGGCGGGACAACUGCCAUCUUAACAUUCUCUGAUAACCCAGACGUGCGCAAAAAAAUGUAUCUCGUGGACCAGAAGAAGUUGCAACACAACCUUCCACUUUUGCAAGAGAUUGUAAAGAGACGCCAGAACCUAGCGCAGAGGCUGGGGUACAAAAACCAUGCCGAGCGUCGCAUGGAGACACGGCUGCUAAAGGGACCGGCUCAGGUGCAGGAGCUUCUGGAUAGCUUGACGAGCGGCUUGGUGAAGCGAGGGCGGCGCGAGCUGGAACAGUUACAGGAGGCGAGGUUCGAAGACCUACAUCAGCUGGGCCGCAGCCGAGAUGCGAUUUUGCAGAACGGAUUCCCGCCAUGGGACGAGAAGUACUACCGGCGUCGUAUCAGCAGACGUCACCAAGUCGACGAGUCUGCCGUGUCAGAGUACUUUCCCCUGGAGUUUGUGACUCCAGUGAUGCUGCAAGUCUUUCAGGCCGCGCUUGGUCUACGGUUCAAUAGAAUCCCAGAGUCUGAGGCAAAGAAUGGAAAAAUAUGGCACGAUACAGUGACUGUAUUUGCUGUCUGGGAUACGAGGCAGAGCGAGCCCGAGUUUGUUGGCUACAUUUAUUUCGACCUGCUUUGGAGGGAAAAUAAAUUUCGCGGCGCACACAAUGUGACAAUGGAAUUCGGAUACGAAAAGUCGAAUGGGGGCAGAAAAUACCCUUCAACAAUCGUGAUGAGCUCUUUUCCAACGGCUGACGAUGAGCACCUUGUUUUGUUAAAUCAUAAUCAACUCAUUACCAUCUUUCACGAGCUUGGCCACGCCAUCCAUAGCUUGGUGUCCAGGACCAAGUAUGCGAAAUUUCACGGGACCAGUCUCCCGCCCGACUUUGUGGAGAUGCCGAGCCUGGUGCUGGAGAACUGGUGCUGGAUACCCGAGGUGCUCAAGUCGAUGAGUACGCACUACAGCCAUCUACGACCAGAGUACCGCGACAAGUGGCAACGCGCGCACCCUCAUGCGGAGCAGCCACCGAAGCAGCUCCCCGAUGAGAUUGCCGAUGCUCUGGUAAAGCACCGGUACUCAGGCCGCGGGCUGUAUCAUUUAUAUCAGUUGAGCAUCUCGCUGUUCGAUCUCGCUAUACACAGCCCCUGCAGCGCGGAAGAAGUCGAUGCUUUGGAUGUGCGAGAGCUGUGGUACAAUAUACGAGAAAGAAUCGAAGGGUUUGAUUUUACUGAAGCCCGGGACACUGGGUCCGAGCUGGUUGGCUUUACCCAUUUGCUUGGAGGCUACAACAUGGCGUACUAUUCAUAUCUCUACUGCUCAUCAUUUGCGCAAGACUUGUUCCAGAGCCUCUUUGCGGCAGACCCCGCGAACGUCGACGCCUGGGAGCGUUACCGUCGCACCAUCCUGGAGCCCGGAGCGGAGCACCCAGACCUGCUGAGGCUGCUCGAGGAAGGACUGGGCCACCCGCCCGAUGCAACAGCGUUGGUCAAGGUGCUGGAGAAUGCCAGUCUGUAA